UUUAGGAAAGGAUGUCAAAGCAGGGCUCUUUUUUGGGAAGUUGGGGCAGGGAAGACGGUUACAGAGAAGUAUUACCGGUAGCUCACGGGUGAGCAAUAGUUGUUUGCUUUAAAAAUUCAAAGAGGAGGGCUACUCAAGCGCUGCUUGGUACUGUAGGUGUUCCCUGGCAAAAUCUGAGCGUGAAGCAGCCACAGUUCACUGAGAGGAGCACAAAGCUGACAGGCUCAGAGGAUAAGCCUGCAAAAGGCAGAGAUUUAUAGCUAAUAGCUUUGUAGCACUUCAGGAUUCCACUUCAUCAAGGUGGAGUGUGGCUGGGGGGCUCAGCAGGAUGGAAAUAGAUGCCUGUUUUCGCUACUACUUCCAGCACCCCUGGUCACGUCUCAUCGUGGCCUACCUCGUCGUCUUCUUCAACUUCCUCAUCUUCGCAGAGGAUCCCAUUUCCCACAGUCAGACGGAAGCCCAUAUGAUUGUGGUGGGGAACUGCUUCUCCUUCCUGUUCAACAAGUACCCGGGCCUGGGGUGGAACAUCCUGAAAGUAAUAUGCUGGAUACUGGCCAUUAUCACUGGCCUGGUAGCCGGGAAGUUUAUAUUCCACCGCCAGCUCUUUGGUCGAUACCUGCGUCUGAAAAUGUUCCGCGAGGACCACGGCUCCUGGAUGACGAUGUUCUUCAGCACCAUCCUCUUCCUCUUCAUCUUCUCCCACAUCUACAACCUUUUCCUGCUGAUGGCUGGAAGCAUGGAGCCUCACAUGGUGACGGAAUACAUGGGAAUCAGGAAUGAGAGUUUUAUGAAGAUUGCUGCAGUGGGGACAUGGAUGGGAGAUUUUGUCACUGCAUGGAUGGUGACAGACAUGAUGCUUCAAGAUCAGAAUUACCCGGAUUGGGGGAAAGCUGCCAGACGGUUCUGGAAACAAGGCAACAACAGGAUUAUCCUCUUUUGGUCAGUGCUCUUCUCUCUGACCUCUGUGGUGGUUCUGGUCAUCAGCACCGACUGGAUCAGUUGGGACAACCUGAACCGGGGCUUUCUGCCCAGCGACGAGGUCUCCAGAGCCUUCCUCGCCUCCUUCAUCUUGGUCUUCGACCUUCUCAUUGUCAUGCAGGACUGGGAGUUCCCUCACUUCAUGGGUGACCUGGAUAUGAACCUCCCUGGAAUGUCAACGACGCACGUGAAGGUCAAGCUGCCUGUCUGCAAGAGUAUCUUUAAAGAAGAGUACCACAUUCACAUCACAGGUAAGUGGUUCAACUACGGCAUCAUCUUCCUCGUGCUGAUUCUGGACCUGAACAUGUGGAAGAACCAGAUCUUUUACAAGCCCUAUGAAUACGGCCAGUACGUCGGGCCCGGUGAGAAGAUCUACACGGUGGAGGAACCCGAAACGCUCGUGGACUUCAAUCACAGUACGCUCACCUACAAGUGGCGCUCCACCAACAUAGAUCCCAGAACCAACUUCACCUACGUGGAGCGGGACAUGUUCCUUCACAGCCGCUACGUCGGCGCCAGCCUGGACGUCAAAUGCCUGGCCUUCAUUCCAAGCCUGGGGGCGUUCGUCCUCUUCGGCUUCUUCAUCUGGCUGCUGGGACGGUUUCAGGAGAGCGAGACCUUCACGGAAAACCAAGAUAAGACGUACGAGAGGAUCAAGAGAAAGUCGCCAUCCGAGUACAGCAAGGAGAUGGGCGUGACGCCGGAGGAGAUGCACAUGAAACCGUCGGGAGCGCCGAUGCUCCUGUCGGUGGACGGGCCUCAUUUUGGAGCGACUCCUUCCACCAACUCCACCAUUUCCAUGGAAACCCAGGAGACACAUCCAAGCAUAAUGAUUGACGUUGUGACUCAGGAUGAACCAGCGGUCUCUUUUGAUGUUCACAGACUCUCUCCGUGACUAUCCGAACCCCUGAAAGGUUGACGUGUACAACAAGAAACGGGCGAGAACCGAGAUGAUCGGCAAGUGCAGAUGUAGUUCGUCAAUGCUGCUUGAUCUCAUAUAAGACGAUACAGUAACAAGGAAAGGAGGACGCGAUGCUAACGAGGUGAUGUGGACAUGCCUUUGCAGAACAACCUUUGUAAAAGCCUCUGCAUUAGCAAAAAAGUAAAAGGUAAACUCUUAACUAACAUGGUGCUUGCUUGGAUCGUGCAUUUUCAUUAAUUCGUAACUAUUUGGUGCCUAUAAUUAGAGGAGUGUUUCUACAGCAGAUUUUAUUAUUCAGAGCAGUCUUACACCUACACGUGUGCCUUGAUAUUUCAUAUAUUUAUAUACAGAUACUCCCAUAUUCUUAUAGCCUUUACUGCUAUAGGCACCAAUGUGGAAGAUCUCCUAAUUAUGGUCUGCUAUAUUAAUGUCUGCUGUAUGUUUUCCGAUCAGGCGUACAUAUGUUACCUCAUUUUGCCAUUUGAAUUUAUCCUUCUGUUACAUCGCUCUCAAUCUCUUUUAAAAUAUACAUCUCUUGGUGAAAUUACUCGAUUAUCACCAUCAAUGCACGCUGGUGACCUUUUCCUAUUCCUUCACUUGAUAUCAGUUUUACGCUUAAUAAAUGCAUAAAUGCAAUCAGUUGGAAUGAAACUGCAAACCAACAAGCUGCCUCAUGAUUGCUGAUGUGGUUGCUGCUCCUACGCUGAAUAGCUUCAGACUCAAAGAGUUUUUUUUUUUUUUUUUUUUUUCCUUUGCAUUAACAUGCUUUUGAGGUGGAAGGAUGGGCUCUUUUCCAAAGCUCAGGGCUUCUUUAUGUCAAAAUAAUCCUUGGAAGGUUUUGGAGGCACUUUUGCAGGUAUGAGCAUGAAAAAUGUUUAGUUGGCACAUUACACGUCUGUUAAAUUCAUCCAAACACAGCCAGAAGCUGUAGCAUUUAACUUUAUACUUGCUUUCAAAGUGACUUUUUCUAUAUUUUCUUGUGCUACGGUUUCCUUUGAAAGGAUAUCUGUAGGUUUUGAUCCAAAAUAGUUUGCUCGAAGGAUUCUUUUUUUUUUUCUUCCAAGUAUCAGCUACAUUUUUACAGUAUUACCGACUUUUCAUUUUACAUUUGUCAACAUUUCAGUUCAGUUGAAUAACGGUAUUUCUGCAUACAUUUGUAACCAAAGAUGCCAGAUAAUGCAGUAUAAUGAACUUGUAUAAAUACAGUGGAGUGUAUUAAUGUUAAAAUGCACUAAAAUUAAUGACCAAGCCCUUGGAAAGGAUUGCGUCACACCCAAAUCCAGACAGCAAGGACCUUGUUUCCCUUCAAAGUCAAGUGCUUUGUUUACUAAUGGAACAUUCAUCAAAGUCACAUGACUAACCCCGAGUGUGGAGUGUGCCACCAGAAACGUAUUAAAGCCUUUUGCUGUGUUGAAAUAUAUUCAUUCUUCUAUUGAUAAAUAGGUAUAUUAUAUUCACUCAAUUACAUUUUUGCAUGAAUGCAUUCCAAUUAAAGUAAAAAAUAAUGAAAAGAAUAUUUAAGGUAGACAUCAGAUGAAAAUUUCCAGCCAUUUAUGUCUCACUGAGGGUAAUUCUACAUUAGCUUUGGACCUAUCAUACCUCUGAACAGUUUGAAAUUACGACAUACGAAAUAUAUCACAAGUACCACGUUAUUGUAGACAAGAUAAUGUUGUCUUCAGUGUUUUUUGUUUGUUUGUACUGUUUCUGUGAACAACUGGAGGCUCUUAAGUGUCUUCUGAUUGGUCGAGUUUCUGUAAGUUUUACUUGAGGACGGUGUUGUUCCUCACAAAAGCUCACAACUCUUGUUUCUGGUUAGGUCUACUGAUGUCCAAAACAAAAGCAACAAUUGACCAAACUUUGACAGAUUACAUGUGUUUUCACCCCUUUUCUAGACAUUUUUAGAGUAUGAACGUCGUCAACUGGAGGACCCGCAACACUGGGGGCAGGACUGCUUGACAGCACCUGUCCUGCUCAUGUACCGAGCAGGGAGACAUUUGAUUGGUUGUUUAUGGCUAUGACAAAGUACAUCAGAAUUGCUCACUGUCGGGCAGUAUUGCAACGCUGCUUUGAGAUGUAGGUGUUAAUGUAGAAUGAGAAUGAGGAUAUGUAGCUUUGUGAAGCUCUAGACUGCUGGUAUCCUCCAUAGUGGAGCAUUGCUUGCAUAUGUUGAGGCAGAGAUCUCUAUUUGUAUACGUAAAAGCUGUUUUAAAGCCACUCUAUUUAGCAGUACCACUUCUGACAAUAUGUGGUCAAAUAGAGCUGCUGUGUUGAUGAGAGUCACUGACAGUAUUGUGUCAAUGAAUGAGGGCUGGAAAGCAUGUCUUGUAAUACCAAUUUGUCCCAAUAAAUGAACUUUCCUAAGGUGUGCUACCCCUGUGUGAUCACAAGCAGUAUUACUACAUAGAGUGGCUUUAAACCAGAUAGUGAAUGUUCAGCAUGUUUAUGUGUGUGGAGGCCUGUAAAGUAUGUAGGUGUUUAAGAUACUUGUUUCCCAAAGAGCCAGUUCUGUGAAAAGGUCAGUUUAUUGAGCAUAUUUGCUUUUGCAGCUCAUUAUACUCAGUUGAAAGAUCAGAUGUUAGUGUUUCACCAAAGUGCAGACCCUUUCCAGACAUAAGGAGGCUGAAAGAUAGUUGUACUUUAGCCAUUCUGGUCAUCUUUGUUGUUUAUGCUUUUUUUGUGUUGCAAAACUGAUACCUAAUUCAGUUGUCGUGGUUAUUUUCUUUUAAAAAUGAAGGAAUUGUUCUGUGAUUGUGACGCGUUCUGUAUGUCUGUUAAACCUUGUGCUACCAAUAAA